AUGGACUUUGCCAAGUUCCUUGCACGACGCAAGUUAGUCACAAAGGGACUUGUAAAGUUUAACGACCGCCCAGAGGGCUUCGGAGCCUGGCGAUCCUCCUUUCAAAACACUGUCAGAGACUUAAACCUUUCACACACCUUCUCCAAUAAUUCAGAAAAGCACCCUUUCCUUUUUUUAAUAUUUUGUUUGCUGUACCUAACUGGAGUAUUAUGGAAUUUGCUUAUGAUUAUAGUCAUAAGCAGGAACCACAAUCUACACACUCCUAUGUAUGUUUUUCUUGCCCACCUUUCAUUUGUAGACAUUUGUUACCCAUCAGUUACUCUCCCUAAACUCAUGGACAUUUUACUGUCUGGGGAUAAUUCAAUAUCCUUUGUGCAGUGCUUCACUCAGAUGUUCUUUUUCAUAUUUAUGGGUUGCACAGAGAUUGCUUUGUUGUCCUCCAUGGCAUAUGAUCGUUAUGUUGCUAUCUGCCAACCUUUACAUUAUCAUUUUAUAAUGAACAGAAAAAGGUGUUUGCUGCUUUUGGGCAUCACUUGGAUAUCGGGAUGUGGCAAUGCAUUGUUUCUUCUAACACUUGCAUCAAAGUUAUUGUUCUGUCGUUCCAACAAAAUCUAUCAGUUAUUCUGUGAUGUAAAGGCAUUUUUAUCAAUUUCCUGCUCUAAUAAUUCAUUUCAAGUAAUGAUUUUAAUUGAAACACUGCUAUAUGCCCUAUGUCCAUUCUUGCUCAGUUUAUCAUCGUAUGUGCAGAUUAUUAACAUAAUAUUACAUAUUAAAUCCACAAAUGGUAGAAAAAAAGCCUUCUCCACCUGUACAUCCCACCUCAUGGUUCUCAUACUAUAUUAUGCAACUAUACUGUGCAUGUACAUGAGACCACCUGCCGAACAAUCAGCUUUGUUGGACCAUGUAUCCUCAGUGCUUUUUUCAACAGUAACCCCUAUGUUGAACCCUCUAAUAUAUAGCCUAAGGAAUAAAGAUGUAAAGAUUGCGCUGGUGAGACUUCUAAGGAUUAAAAAUAAGAAAUAUUAG